AUGGAUGGUUUGGGGAACUACUAUUCUGUCACCUGGAACUGGAGCACCGUGGGCUUCCACAGCCACAACCCCAUGGACACAAUGGUGACGAUUUUUUACCUCCUGUUGGUCCUGAGCAUCGGCUUAUGGGCUGUAUUGUCACAUAAUCGUGCUACUGUAAAAGACUUUUUCCUGGCUGGUGGAAAUCUAACAUGGUGGUUGAUAGGCACUUCUCUUUUUGCUGCAAACACUGGUAGUGGCCACUUUAUGGGCCUGGCUGGGAUAGGAGCAUCUUCAGGGAUUGCUGUUGGGGCCUUAGAAUGGAAUUCUAUCUUAAUGCUCUUUGUUCUUGGUUGGAUAUUUAUUCCUAUUUACAUCAAAGCUGAGGUGGUGACAUUGCCAGAGUAUUUGAGAAAGAGAUUUGGUAGCAUCCGAAUCCAGCUGUUCCUUUCUGUUCUGUAUUUAAUCCUCCAUAUCUUCAGUAGGAUUUCGCUGGAGAUUUGCUAUGGUGCCAUGUUCUUGAAAAUGGCUUGGGACAUAGAUAUUUACCAGACUACCCUAAUGCUGUUGACCAUCGCUGGUAUCUAUACCAUAACAGGUGAGGUUUCUCUAACCAUUCAGGAAUUUAUGUACAGUGAAAAUCUUGGAUCCUUUCGUGAAGUGGGAGGAUAUAAGGAGCUAGUGGACAAGUACUUCCAUGCUAUUCCAAAUGUGGUCAGUGAAGGAAACUGGACUUCAAAGCCUGCAUGCUACCUCCCUCGCUCAGAUGCUCUCCAUAUCUUCAGAGACCCCAUCUCUGGAGACAUCCCCUGGCCUGCAGUGGUCUUUGGUGCCUCUACACUCUCCCUGUUCUAUGGGUGUGCUGAUCAGGUUUCUGUCCAGCGGUUAUUGGCAGGGAAGAAUAUGUCUCACAGGAAAGGUGGCUGCCUCCUGUAUGGGUACUUGAAGCUACUGCCCAUGUUCCUCAUUGUGAUUCCUGGAAUGAUAAGCCGCAUCUUGUUCCCAAAUCAUGUGGCAUGUGUUGUACCUUCAGAAUGUCAGAAGUACUGUGGUGCCCAAAGUAGUUGCAGCCCCAUGGCCUAUCCACUGCUGGUGGUAGCAGUGCUGCCUACAGGUCUACAAGGUUUUAUGCUGGCCACAGUAUGUGCUGCCCUUAUGUCCUCCUUGACUUCUGUUUUCAAUAGUGCUACUACUGUGUUCACAAUGAACAUCUAUGUCUGGAUUCGGCCUAUGGCCACAGAAAAGGAACUCAUGAUAGCAGGAAGGUUUUUUGUUAUAAUCUUGCUUGCUAUCACUAUUGUCUGGAUUCCUGUUAUGGAAACAUCCCACAGUGAAACUCUGUUUGAACACAUGCAAGUAACUAGAAGUUACCUGGUACCACCUGUAACUGCACUUUUUCUGCUUGCUGUACUUUGCAAGAGGGUCAAUGAGCAGGGUGCCUUCUGGGGCCUGAUUUUGGGGAUGAUGAUCGGCUUCUUUCGACUUCUGGCUAUGUUUGCCUACGGAUCCUGGACAUGCAAUGGAGAGAACGAAUGCCCUGCAUUCAUCUGUGGCCUGCACUACCUCUAUUUUAGCACAAUCCUCUUCCUAAUUAGCGUUCUCAGCAUGCUAAUCAUCUCCUUAAUCACAGACCCAAUUCCAGAUAAACAUCUUCACCGGCUUUGUUGGAGUUUACGCAAUAGCAGAGAGAAGAGGGUAGCUCUGGACUCAGGGAUAAGGUGGAAGAGACUCCCCAGUAAUCUAGUCCAUCAAGAUUUAUUGAAGGAUUCUCAGACAUGCCUCUGGAAUAUGUGGGACCUGUUCUGUGGACUAGAGCCAUGGCCUGACUCUAAGUUAACCCCUAUAAAUUCCUCUGAGGGGAAUAUGGAGGCAAGCAAGGAGGAAAUAGAAUGCAGUGAGAUAUUAGGAGAUGCACAGGCCCUGGACUUGGGAGAGACAGAUAGGAAAAUGGAGUUGACUGAGAAGAAGCAAAAAGAUACAGAAUACAGUAAUGUGUUGGAGAAGCCCUGCUGGAAGAGAACAGUCAAUGUCAUUGGGAUCAUUUUGGUUCUGCUUGUGGUUAUGGGCCACAUUUACUAUGCCUGA